CCGAUCCUUGGCCAAUACCCCUACACGAGGGUCUUCCCCUAUCCAUAAACACUCCAUUUAUAUUCUAACCGGCGCCUCCACACCGUCGGGAAAUGGCAUCAUUAAAAGACCUCAGCAAGCUGGCGACCGGACUCUCUCUAGUCGCCAAAGAGGCCGUUAAACGGACCAAUCUCGACAAACCAGACCUACAAGCCCUAGCCCGGCGAGCCAUCUUAUCACUCACCGACAUAUCCGGUCUCACAGAAGGCCAAAUCCGUAAAUUCACCGGUCCUACACCCAAUGCACAUUCCAAAAACGACACCGUUGUAUAUUUUACAGAUACACCGUCACCGGAUAAUAUUAAUAUUAAUAUACCGGCGCCUACACCUUCCGAUCAGAAUAAUAUUCCAACAGCGGUUGUUUCUGAUCGUGUAACUGGUUCUGGUGACGGAGAGUCUGAAGCGGUUACGAGCGUUAGUCAUGCGGUUAGUUUGGACGGUGGUGAUGCGACUGCGGCUGCGGCGGUUGAAGAAGUUGAUCGGACGGUGACUGAUUCGCCGGAGAAUGCACCGCCGGUGACUGAAUUGCCGGAGAAAGUAACGCCGGUGAUGCAGAGGAGACGGAGGGAGAGGAAGGUUCCGUCUACUCCGUUCUCCAGAGCGAUUGGGUUUGCUGGCCUAGGGGCUGGGCUUGCUUGGGGAACAGUGCAGGAGUCUGCUAGGAGAAUUGUGUUUGGUAAAAGGGAAUCACAAGGGAAUCAGUCUGCGCUUUCACCGUUUUUAUCGGAAAAGAAUGCGGAGCGUUUGGCUCUUGCUCUAUGUAGGAUGCGUGGAGCAGCGCUGAAACUAGGACAAAUGUUGAGUAUCCAGGAUGAAUCUCUUGUUCCUGCUCCGAUAUUGGCAGCUUUAGAUAUUGUUCGUCAGGGUGCCGAUGUAAUGCCAAGAAGCCAGCUUAAUCAAGUUUUGGACUCUGAAUUAGGCCCCAACUGGUCUUCUAAGUUGAAAAGCUUUGAUUACAAUCCACUCGCUGCUGCAAGUAUAGGCCAGGUACACCUAGCUGUCACCAAGGAUGGUACUCAAGUUGCAAUGAAAAUUCAAUAUCCCGGUGUUGCAGAUAGCAUUGAAAGCGACAUUGAGAAUGUAAAAUUGCUCUUGGAUUAUACAAAUCUGAUUCCAGAGGGUUUGUAUCUUGAUAGAGCUAUGAAGGUGGCAAAAGAAGAAUUAUCACGUGAAUGCGACUACGAGUUGGAGUCAUCAAAUCAGAAAACAUUCCGCGAAUUGCUAUCAAAUGUAGACGGGUUUUAUGUUCCCUUCGUUGUAGAUGAAAUAUCAAGUAAAAAGGUUCUUACCACAGAACUUGUUCAUGGAAUUCCUAUUGAUAAGGUUGCACUUCUGGAUCAAGAGACCCGUAGUUAUGUUGGGAAAAAGUUGCUUGAGCUUACAUUAAAGGAGCUAUUUGUAUUCAGAUUCAUGCAGACUGAUCCAAAUUGGAGUAAUUUUUUGUACAAUGAGGAUACACGAACAAUAAAUCUCAUUGACUUUGGUGCCGCUCGAAGUUACCCUAAGCCUUUUGUUGAUGAUUACUUGAGAAUGGUUGUUGCAUGUGCAAAUUGUGACCGGGAAAGUGUAAUCGAGAUGUCACAGAGGCUUGGUUUCUUGUCGGGCAAGGAAUCAGAGAUAAUGCUGGACGCACAUGUUCAGGCGGCUUUUGUUGUAGGUUUGCCAUUUGCAAAACCCGGGGAUUAUGAUUUCCGUGCUAAUAAUAUAACUCAAAGCCUUUCAAACAUCGGUGGAACGAUGUUGAGACACAGAUUAACACCACCACCUGAUGAGGUGUAUAGCCUGCAUCGCAAGCUUGCUGGUGCUUUUUUGGCUUGCAUCAAAAUCGGGGCGGUGGUACCUUGCCGGGACCUUUUACUUCAAGUAUAUGAAAGUUAUAAGUUUGAUGAUUAGAGAUAUUGAUGAGUUUUUAUUGGUUACUAUGAUGGUGGUGUGUGGGUUAAUAAAUUGCCCUUUGUUGCAUGUAUACUGAAGUCAAACCACAGGUAGUAAAGUUGAUACAAAUGAUUCAUUGUUUUCUAUUGUUUGUUAAAUGACCCAGUUGAAUUGGUCGACCAUUUCUUCUCAAUAAAUCAGUGACAAAUUCUAUGA